AUGGCUUACGUUGAUCUUACCACGCGCGACGUGAACGUCCUUGACAAAAUCAGAGACCCUGAAUCGAACCCAGCAGCCGCCCUCGUCCUAGAUGAGCGCCUUCCUCGCGAUCCUCAAAUCACUGACCCCGACGUUUAUGACCAAGUGUCCAACCGCGAGCGAUCGAUUAUUCUCAAGAUCCAGACCCUGGAGCGCGAGCUAAGCACACCUGGUGCGCAGGAUGGAGCUGAAGAUUCCAUCAGCGGUUAUAAACAAUGCAUCAAGGAGUUUGACGCUCUCAUUGACGAGUACCCCAACUAUGCCAGCGCUCGUAACAACAGAGCCCAGAUUAUGCGCCGACUUUAUGGCGACGCCAUGCUCUUGAACUUCACCACUGGCAUUCCUAUGCCCCUCAUUGAUGAGCCUGAGCAAGCCGAAAAGGUGGCCUCGGCUGCCAAAGCUCUGAGCGAUCUUGAUACCUCCAUCACUCUUCUCACACCACCCUCUUUCGCAUCCUCCAUGUCGCCAACCGCUGCUAAAACUUUGUCAAUGGCAUACACGCAAAGAGCAGCCAUCUAUCUGAAGACCAGCAAGCUGAUCCUCGAUCGUAAACUCGAUAUCGACAGCAGCCGCCAAGAGGCGCAAUGGACAAAGGUUCGCUUCGAAGAAGCUGCUUCCCACGACCUUGCACUUGGUGGCCGUUUUGGCAACAACAUUGCCAAGGGUCUUGCAGUCAGCGUCAACCCAACAGCGAAGCUCUGCGGUCAGAUUGUUCGUCAAGCAAUGAAGGAGGAAUAUGGGCCGGGUUUCAGCGAAUGA